AUGAUGCAAGAGAAUAGUGUGGAUGGGCUUUAUGUAGAAUAAUUACUGGAAGAGAUGGCGUAGAUAUCUUUGUGCAAAUCUAAUCUCACUAAAAAAAUGAUCUAAUCCUUUAUGCAAUCUAAAGAAUAUCCUAAAUUUACUGUUUAUUUAUUGGAAGCAUUUGCCAAAAUCGUAGAAUUUGAUAAUGGCAUUUUCUUCUUUUUAAAUUGUGGAACCAUUAAGAGAUUCAUUGAAAUUCUAUCUUAAGAGAAUUACUAUGAUUAAAGCUAUACUUAAAGAAUAACUUAUUUGUCUUUGGAAGUGCUAUCUAAAAUAUGUGCUAAUCAUGAAGGCAAAGAAGAAGCAAUUAGAGAAAAUGCUAUCAAUGUUGCCAAUCGAUAUCUGGAUAGUCCCUUAUUGGAAGAAGCUUAUUUUGCAACUAUUUUGAUCAUGAAUUGCACUAUUAAUCUUGAUGGCAAAAAGUAAUGUGUACAUGUUGAAAAUGAUGAAAUUAUCUAAAAAUUGAUUUCGUUACUAAAUAAAGAUUUCAGUAAGGAUGUUAAAUAAGCAUUAACUAAUAUUGCAGAUUACCCUGAUGGAUUUAUUAUCAUUACUAAAUUAUUGUCAAAUAGCUAUGAAACUUUAGAUGACUUGCUUGGUCAUAGGGUCGUUAUUGCUUUGGCUAAACUGAUCCCAAGAGGAUUAGAAAAUUAUGAUGAAUAUAAAUAAUAUGGUAGAACUCUUUGCAAAUUCUUGAGAGACUACAAUGAAGCCAUCUAUGUGGCCUUGGAAGAAACAGUUAAAAUAGUAGAAAUUCUGAUGGAAUUCUUUUAUUAUCCUGACUUAGUGAGAGAUGUGACAGACUCCCUAUUAAAAUUGAUGGAAGCAGAUGUAGAAUCAAGAGAGUACGCACUCAAUUAUUUGGAGACUCACAAUGUAAACAGCAAAGAGAUUUAAAGUAUAUCUAAUAAAAUACUUGAAUUAUUUCCACAUUGA